ACAAAAUGAAAUCACAUUCAAAUGUAACUACGCCACAAGCAGAACUUGUGAGCCCAGCCAUGGGUGAACUACUCAAAAAUGCCAUCAUGAAAUCUGCUCCUGUCGCUCUUGCACUUAUGAAAGGUGAACGUCCUGGGAAGAAAAAGAAAAAUAAAAGGGAAAAACAAGAAGAUGACGUGGAAGUUACACCAAAGUCGAAAGAGAAACGUCGGAAAAGCGAGAAGAAGGAAAAACCUCCAAUUUUGAAUUAUUUGGACGAUUCAGAUUCUGAUUCGGCAGAUUUUUCAUCAUCUUCAAAACGUAAAAGGUCGAAAAGGGCGCUGGAGAAUGAUUCUGACGAGGAUGUGGGAGAUGAUGGAAAAGAGGAGGAAAUGAAGAAGAAAAAAGAAAAAGAGGAGGAAGAAAGAAGGGCGAAAGAGGAAAGAAAGAAGGCGAAAAAAGAAAAACAAAGACAGAAAGAGCUGGAAGAAAGAAAUCGAAAAGCAGAGGAGGCUGCUUCGAAACGAAGAAAACGAGAGGCUGAGGUUGAAGCUGAACGAAAAAGGAAACGGAAAGAGAUUUCUGUGGAUAGUGAUGAUGACGAUAAACCUGCUUUGUUAGAAAAACGGAAUAGACGUGAUUCCUCUACUCAACCAUCUUCAAGCUCUUUUCAAAUCAAUCAGAAACAUCUUCAGCACAUUGAUUGCAGUGGAAAGUCACGUAAAGAUCUUAUAACCGAAUACAAUUGCAUUUCAACAACACACGCCGAGUUAAAGGAAUUUAAUGAUUUUCUGGAGGAACGCGAUCUAUUGAAAGAGUAUGGUCAAUCACAGACAUAUCUUGACGAGAUAAAAUUAUUCCCUGAAGAGCAAUUGCUCACUUGCGAUUCUGAAGUUUGCCCAUUCAUACUGACAUAUCAAACGCCGUUAUCAGCACUUUAUCAGGAAGCACGUAAAAAGUGGAUACCUCCAAUAAAUGAGUCGCCUAGCACUUCUCAUCUUCGAAAUAAAUGUGUAAAUUGCGACAAGAUGUUGUCUAUGGUGACGGAGGAGACGUGGAAACAUUAUUUGGGAGCCAGUAGUUACUACUGUUCAGUGAAAUGCGUUGCUGGAAAAGUAGAAAAAGUUAUGAGGACGAAUCCCAAUGCUGAAACUAUUACAGUAAUGAAUGCAUUGACUGGAGAGACUGUUUCGUCGGGUGUGUAUUCACGCGAACUUUGCUCAUUUUUCCUUCUUGCUCCGAAUUGGAUGCCGUUCAGUACUGUACCGAGUAAAAAUCCAGAGCCAUUGGAUCCAGAAGCAAUAAAAAAGAAGGAAAAAGAAAAGGAGAAAGAAGCUGAACGAGAAAAGGAAAAAGCAAAAGAUAGAGAAAAGAAAAUAGCUGCUCUUUCGAAACCGAUUCCCAAAAAGAAGCCAGAAACCACGAAUUCUUUGCGACAAGCCAAUCGAACUCAUAUGGAGACCGCUGUCGUUGCUCGAAUUGAUAGGAUGAAGUUAAAAGGAAUUGAUCGGAAGGAAAUGAAAGAUCUUGUUGAUCAACUCGAAGAAAUGUUAUUUGAUAAAUGUGAUCGUAACAUUUCUCAUCCUAAAUAUCGUGUCUGGAAACAGCAGUUCAUUCACAAUUUUGAAGCUGAAAGUGCCAAGGAUUUCGUGACGGCGGUUGUGUUAAAACGAUUAUCUGUGGAAAAAUUGAUUGCAUUGGAUGCGAAUUCUUUGAGAAAUCCAAUGUGCUGGAAGAUAAAGCCAGUCGGCGGAUUAACUCAAGCUAAAAGAAGGUCAAAUGCAUCAAAAAAUCCACUCGAUUCAAUCAUAGGAGAUGAUUCUCGUGAUACGACCGGCGAGCACAUGUCUCACGCAUUCUCAAAAACUUGCAAAAUAUGUCAAGCAAAGCAGCUGGCGGAUGCUGAAGAAAAGCUUCGGAAGCAAAAAGAAGAACGUGAUCUGGAAGAGCGGCGGGAGAGAAAUCGUGAACUUCGAGAAGCUAUGCGUCAGGAUGAAAUGGAACGACGGAAACGAGAAGAAGAAUCAAGGCAUCGGAGGAAAGCUGAAGAACGAGAUGAAUGGGAGAAACAGAGGCAGAAAAGACGUGAGGAAAGAGAUCAAGAUCAAGAUGAUAAUGACUUUGGUGGUGGAUCUUUUACACCAGUAUAUGAUUUCGAAGGGCCUUCCGAUUCAAAUAAAAAUGAAGAAAAGGAUGUAGACAUGCGAGAAAGAGUCGAAACUCGAAGUGAAUGGGAAUUUCCGAUACGAAUCUACAUGGCUGAUGAGCCAUUUGAUUCAAUUGCUACUCCAAUUUUUGCUCAAUCCGAUGAAAAUCGUCCACUAUUCCGUCAAUUCGAUAGAUAUCUCGCUGAGAAGACAUUCAAUUUGCACACUCCUCGUCGUUUACAAGAGUUUCUAAUAGAAUCUAAUAAUGCAAUGAAUGAUACUAGAUCAUGUGCAUUUGCUGUGCUCAAACUGACUUCUGCUGGUACUUCGAACAGUUAUCAGAAGGUUUUGGAUUACAAUUUGGAUCAGGAUACUGUAUAUCAGCUCGAUUUCACGGUUGGAGAUGAGAUUCUUUCGGUUUUUCUUUUUCCGCAUAGAGGAUCCGAAAUAUUGCAUGAUACAUUUGCACCAGUCAAAUACAACAUUGGUACAACAGAAAAUUGUUUCAUGCUGAUCGUUGUUCUACGUCCAAAUUUUGCUGAACGCUUUCAAUAUUCUGUUAGAGUGUGUGAUCUUGAAAUGAAAUCUCAACUGUUGCGGAUUGAACGGGAGAAGUUGAUGCAAACAUCUUGGAGACAACAGACUCAAGAAAAUGAAGAAAAAGAAACGUGGAAAAAGGAUAGUAGAGCUUCAAUAUCCCCAAAAAUAUGUUCUAAAGAUGCUGAAGAUGCAACUUCUGAAGCAGUUAAUCAUUCGACACCAUCUACUUCUGAAGAUUUGGCUUCCAAGAAAGUUAAAUUUAUCCUGCAAAUUGUGAGCAGCGCGAAACAAAUUAAAGAGAUCGUUGCAUCUGCAAAGGAUUUUAUGAUGGAUCCAGAUGUUUCGGAUUCUGAUAAAGAUAAGAUCAAGCAAAUUAUACAAGAGAAAAUUGAUGAGGAGAAAGCACUUAAAAAGGCUGAAAAGAUGAAGCAGAAGACUCAGACUAGCGAUGAUUUGGAAGAACCAUCUAUAAGCGAGCAAACUCUCAAUGGCGCCGAAGUUCCUUCUCGCUCGAAUCUCGACUUCAGCCGUCCACCUCCAAUCUUCUCUCAACAAUCGGCGGCACCUCAUGUUGUCACUGCUUCCAUGGAUGUUCCAUCAUCGUCUGCUGCAGUUCAAUCUCAGCAUCCGAUGACGGCUCAAAGUGUCACUCCAAUGGCAUCGCACAUAGUUCCUGUGGCUGCUCCGGUACCUGUUCCAACACCGUUCACAAUUCCUCCACCGGUUCCACCACCACCUCCGACAGCAACUUCAACACAAUCUCAGCAACCUCAGUUCCUCGAAGGACUCGGAAUGACGGAUAAUGAAAUAGUGGCCGAUGCGAUCCGACGAGGGAUGGUUGCUCCGAUUCCACAGGAACUUCUUAUGGGAUCCGGUCCCGGGCACAUCAGAGAUAGAUCACAACCUGCGCUCACAGCAAGUGUGCUCACUGGAUCAUCACUUGAAGCCGAUAUGAGAAAGUUGAUGGAAAUGAAUAGACGGAUUCAGAUGGAAAAACGAUUUGCACAAGAUAUGGAUGAAGUCGAAGAAAGAAGAAAUAUAAGAAGAGGUGGAUAUAGACCACCACCACCGUUCCAUAAUGGAACUGAUAUGAUGGAAAGAGACAUGGAGAGACGCGAUCAUUCCAUGAUGAGACCUCGUCCAAAUCACCCUCUUUUGCAAAUGGAUACAGCUCCUCCUCAAAACGGAUCUGAUCCACCACAACCUUCCGAAUCCUGUCCUGCUCCACCGAAGAAUAGCUCUAAAAAGCGAAAUAAUCGGCGAGGAAAUCGUCGGAACACAAAUGAACACAUCCAAGCCAAUCAUGAGGAUUCGGAUAGUUUCUCAACGAGUAGAAGUUCUUCCCCAUCACCGCCUCCGCCACCUCCACCUCCACCUCCUCCAUCUGAUGAUCUUACGCCGGUUCCACCUCCUCCACCUCCACCGCCGACGAUGAGUAAGGCUCCAACUGGUGUACCUCUUCCAGUUCCACCACCACCUCCAUUGUUCUCACCAUCAAUGAUAUUGCCACCUCCUCCACCUCCUCUUCCCAGCGAGGAAAAGAAGAAUCCGUUGCCGACCGCUAAUAAUGGGCAUACUGAUAACGGUUCAGAUGAUAUCGAUAGGAACGUACCAACGCCACCAUCUCAAAAUCAGUAUUCAAUGCCUCCGCCAGUGAUGGGAGGACAUGAAGGUUCAUGGAGAGGAGGUCCACCGAUGCGUGGAAUGCCACCACUCGGAAUGAUGAGAGGGAGAGGUGGACCACCACCGCCGAGAGGAAUGAAUUCUCCAAUGAGAGGAAUGCCACCACCAAUGCGAGGUGGAGGGCCACCGAUGCGAGGAGGACCACCUAUGAGAGGAGGACCGCCAAUGUUCCGCGGAGGUCCACCUGGUCCAGGAAGAGGAAUGCCAUCUCCAAUGAUGAGAGGAUCCUCAAUGAGAGGCGGUUUUCCUCAAAGAGGCGGAGGACCUGGAAUGGGACCAUCUCAAUAUUAUCAUGAUUCUCCACAAAAUCGAGGUCCACCCAUGGGUGGUUUACCACCCCCACAUGGUGGUAUGAACGGUUGGAGAGGAGGUCCACCUCCUCCACGCGGAGGAUCACAUUGUCAAGGACCACCACCAUUGAUGGGAGGACCCCCACCUCGUCUGGGUAUGCCGCCGCCUGGCCCGCCCCCACCAAACGGAGGACCGCCACCACCGUCAGUCGAAUGGACCAGCAGAUUUUGAUUAUCCCCGUUCACCUUCACCUGUUUACCUGCCUGCCCAAUUUAUAGCUCUCGUUCACUUUUUACAUGACCGGUACAAAAAACAAUGACUGACGAAUAUACUCCACCAAUUAGUAUAUAUCACUUGGCUUCUUAGGUUCUAAAAUGAUGCAUUAUGUGCCAAUUUUCAUAAGUUUAUUUCGAUUCUCCUGUUCUCUCUGCUCUCUUACGUGUAUCACCUUCUCUCCGUCAGAUUUUUAAUUCAUAAUUUUAUAUAUAACUUGAUGUCUUGAUAAAAGUACAGCUUCAUCCCUUUUCUCCCUUCUCACAGCCCGUUCCUUUUUUUGUGUUUCAAUUUCUUACCGCUUUUCGCUUAAUAAAGUGAUGAGUUGAUU